AUGUUGGCCUGCUCUCAGGAGUUUUAUUUCAGCAAUAAUGAUACUAGCAUGUGCGAGUUUCAGAGUUUGAUGCAUAAUCCAAAUUUACUGAACGUACAGCAGCCACAACCACAGGCCAUGCACAUCAACAAUUCAACUACAAUCCACCAGAAUGAGCAGCAUUCCCAACUGUCUGAUGAGAUCCAACAGCAACAGCAACAGCAGCAGCAAGCUCAAUCGCAGGAGAAAGGACAUUCAAUCGUUGAACUACCAACGAAUGUAGUUCAUCAUAUGAAAAGUAAAGAGGAGCAGGUAUGGCCGCCUGACGUCGAGGCAGCCUUUGUUGAAGCUUUAGAAGCCAUUCCUAAGCUUGGUAGAAGAAAAAUUUUAGUCAAUGGAAAGCCAUGUGGUCGCAAUGAGCUUAUUUCAGACUACAUAUUUCGGAAAACCUGUAAAAUCCGUACUCGAAAGCAAGUUUCUUCACAUAUUCAAGUGCUGAAGAAUACUCGUAAAAGCGAUGUCCAUUUCAUGCGUCUAUUGACAGAUUCUGUAGAUGCCGAUGAAACAUUCAACUUUAAUCAUCUCAACGCUGCCAGCUUAUUCUCCAACAUGACCACCAACACGAUAGCCUCAAGGCGUUCAUCAUUGCAGCAGCAACAACAGCAGCAGCAGCAGCAGCAGCAGCAGCAGCAGCAACAACAACAACACCAUUAUCCUCAUCCUCAACAUCAUCCAUUGCAUCAACCCUAUCCGCCUCACGUCUUUCCAUCUGAAAUACAACAUCAACAUCAUCACCAGCCAGUAACGGGAAUGAAUAAUAAUGGUACGCAUAUUGUUGUCCAAAAUGAAUCUCAUAUGAAAGCAACUUAUCAAUCCUUAGAUUCCUUAGUGUCCGAUCAUUCUUCAAUCAAUUCUUCGCCUUCACCUUGCACUGAUUUUAUAUUUGAUAUGAUGUAUACGGAUAGUAGCGGCGGCCCUGCUUUUGAACAGCAACAACAACAACAACAACAACAACAACAGCAGCAGCAGUUUUUGCAAUUUAAAAAUAUAUACCAGCUAUGUGCAGAUACAGAAGAGAAUUUGUUCCCCGGACUUGUCGUUGAUCCAGUCAUGCCAGAAACACAGCAGCAACAACAGCAACAACAUCAACUAUCGCUAGAGCUAUCCAAUAAUGACCCACAGUUAUUAAUGAACACGCCUAUAGUAAAUAAUACAAUGUUCACUUCGUCAUUGCUGAGAGAUGACGAGGAUUUCAUUAUUGAUCCUAUCCCUGGAGCAUCUCUUCAUCUUCACAAUGAUGCAAGCUUAAUCAAAGACGAAGAAAUGCUCAUUCACAAUGCUCAGUCUCAGUCUUACCACCAGCAACAACAACAACAACAACAACAACAGCUGCUCUUUUCCAAAGGACGCGUUGACAUGGACACGAACUGCACUUUUCCAACCAACAUUCCUUUUUGGCCGAAUCAUCUCUGUCUCUACUUGGAAAUUGAUAAUCAACACUUCUACGAUCCUUCUUGUCGUCCUCUUUCUCACACACUUUCACAGCUUUCUCAUUGUUAUGCCAAUUCUAUAUCUGUCAUCUCGACUGAUAAACUUUUAAGUACGCCUGAUUCCUCCUCAGUUCCCUCGUCGCCUUUAUUCUCUUCGUAUAAUCGAAUAGCUGCCCUGCAUGAAAAAUGUCCUCCUUUAGUCCCGCUAGUCACCAACAUUUCAGAAACCCCCCUCUUAUUAGUUCAAACGCGUCUCGAUCUCAAGCUCGAUUUGAUCGAACAGUUCAACUUCAACAAUACGUCUUUCUUCGAAACACGUGAUAGACGUACAGUAGAGUGCACCACAACCAUCUAUUCUUUUGGCAAUGUCGUAUUGGAAUCAAAAGAAGUGCAACAAGCGUUGUGGAUGUCUGAAGACAAGUACAUGUAUAAUUUUGUCUUUGUCAACCAAUUUUUUGAUGCCUUCCUAAAAGGAAUUAGAUCACUUCAAACGUGGAAAGAAGUUGAUCUAGCUAUCAAUAAUCUUUGCAUUAUUCAGACAUUUGAUGAUUUCGAUAAUAAAUCCAAUUCAGUUUCACCAAUUGAACAGCAGACAGCGGCACCACCUUUGUCUACAGAUGAAGCAGCAUUUUUGAUAAACGAUAGUCCACAACCUUCUUUAACAACUGCGACUGCUGCUACUACUACUAUGCCAACUACACGCGCUCCAGUAACAAACACACAAACGCAGGCAGCAGCAGCUGUACAAGCACCUUUGUUAGUCAUGGUAUAUGAAUUCGAAAGAGGUGAUGGUACAAUCAGCGUAUCGAUUGUAGAAGACAGUAAAUACAACAAUUAUCAAAAAGUGCCACCACUGGACGAUAAUCCAGAGCAAAAUUUACAGCCGCAAAGUAGUUGCAGUAGUCAAAAUCAUACUGGCAGUAGUAGUCCUUAAUUAUCAACAUUAUUUCAUCAAUCUAUACCCUUUUAUCCAGACCUUAUUCUCGUCCCUC